CGGCCGCCCGCCGCCGCUCCCGCCCUCCCGCCUCCGUCCGGCGUCUCCGGGCUCCCAGCAACCGGCCGUCCCUCGCUCCCACGGCGGGCGCCGCGGGGUCUCCGAGCCGCGCUCAGCCCCUCGCGACCCGGCCUCCCGCGGCCCGGCCCCUCCCCGCCUCCCGCCCCGCCCGCCGGUGCCCGGGCAGCGCCGCGGCGGCCCGGGAGGGACGUUUCCUAAUCUCGGCCGGGGUUAAAGUUCUGGUCCUGGGGCGAUGGUGGAGGCUGCGGCCGGAGCCGCGACCUGUCCCCGAGGAGUCCUGCCCGCCGCCGCCCUGCCGGGGCCAUGUUCGCCCUGCGCCUGCCCCUCCUGGCGCUCCUGGCGGCGUCGGUCCACGGCCACCUGGGGCUGCUGGGGCCCAAGAACGUGUCGCAGAAGGACGCCGAGUUCGAGCACCUCUACGUGGACGAGGUCAACAGCGAGCUGGUCAACAUCUACACCUUCAACCACACGGUGACCCGCAACCGGACGGAAGGGGUGCGUGUGUCCGUGAACGUCCUCAGCAAGCAGAAGGGGGCGCCCUUGCUAUUCGUGGUCCGCCAGAAGGAGGCCGUGGUGUCCUUCCAGGUGCCCCUCAUCCUGCGAGGGCUGUUUCAGCGCAAGUACCUCUACCAGAAGGUGGAGCGAACGCUGUGUCAGCCCCCCACCAAGAAUGAGUCUGAGGUCCAGUUCUUCUACGUGGAUGUGUCCACCCUGUCGCCGGUCAACUCCAGGUACCAGCUCCAGGUCAGCCGAAUGGACGACUUCGUGCUCAGGACGGGGGAGCUCUUCAGCUUCAAUACAACAGCAGCGCAGCCUCAGUACUUCAAGUACGAGUUUCCGGAGGGAGUAGACUCAGUGAUUGUCAAGGUGACCUCGAACAAGGCCUUCCCCUGCUCGGUCAUCUCUAUCCAGGAUGUCCUGUGCCCUGUCUAUGACCUGGACAACAACGUGGCCUUCAUCGGCAUGUACCAGACGAUGACCAAGAAGGCGGCCAUCACUGUACAGCGCAAAGACUUCCCCAGUAACAGCUUCUACGUGGUGGUGGUGGUGAAGACGGAAGACCAGGCCUGCGGGGGCUCCCUGCCCUUCUACCCUUUUGUGGAAGAUGAACCGGUUGAUCAAGGGUACCGCCAGAAAACCCUGUCCGUGCUGGUGUCUCGCGCAGUCACAUCUGAGGCCUACGUGGCGGGGAUGCUGUUUUGCCUGGGCAUCUUCCUCUCCUUCUACCUGCUGACCGUCCUCCUGGCCUGCUGGGAGAACUGGAGGCAGAGGAGGAAGACCCUGCUGCUGGCGGUGGACCGAGCCUGCCCAGAAAGCGGUCACCCUCGGGUCCUAGCUGACCCCUUCCCUGGCAGCUCCCCCUAUGAUGGUUACAACUAUGGCUCCUUCGAGAAUUGUUCCGGGUCCACCGAGGGUCUGGUUGACAGCAUGGACACCGCGGACCUCUCCUACACUUACCAGGGGCACGACCAGUUCAAGCGGCGCCUUCCCUUUGGCCAGAUGCGGCAGCUGUGCAUUGCCAUGGACCGCCCCCUGGACCCUGUGGGCACGCGGCCACGGCUGGACUCCAUGAGCUCCGUGGAGGAGGAGGACUAUGACACGCUGACUGACAUUGAAUCCGACAAGAACGUCAUUCGCACCAAGCAAUACCUCUGUGUGGCCGACCUGGCACGCAAGGACAAGCGUGUUCUGCGCAAGAAGUACCAGAUCUACUUCUGGAACAUCGCCACCAUCGCUGUCUUCUAUGCGCUCCCGGUGGUGCAGCUGGUGAUCACCUACCAGACGGUGGUGAAUGUCACAGGGAAUCAGGACAUCUGCUACUACAACUUCCUCUGCGCCCACCCGCUGGGCAACCUCAGCGCUUUCAACAACAUCCUCAGCAACCUGGGGUACAUCCUGCUGGGGCUGCUCUUCCUGCUCAUCAUCCUGCAGCGGGAGAUCAACCACAACCGGGCCCUGCUGCGCAACGACCUCUACGCCCUGGAGUGUGGAAUCCCCAAACACUUUGGCCUGUUCUACGCCAUGGGCACAGCCCUCAUGAUGGAGGGCCUGCUGAGCGCCUGCUACCACGUCUGCCCCAACUAUACCAACUUCCAGUUUGACACGUCAUUCAUGUACAUGAUUGCCGGGCUCUGCAUGCUCAAGCUCUACCAGAAGCGGCACCCGGACAUCAACGCCAGCGCCUACAGUGCCUACGCAUGCCUGGCUGUGGUCAUCUUCUUCUCGGUGCUGGGCGUGGUCUUCGGCAAAGGGAACACCGCGUUCUGGAUUGUCUUCUCGGUCAUCCACAUCGUCGCCACCCUGCUCCUCAGCAUCCAGCUCUAUUACAUGGGCCGCUGGAAGCUGGACUCGGGGAUCUGCCGCCGCAUCCUCCACGUGCUCUACACGGACUGCAUCCGGCAGUGCAGCGGGCCCCUCUACGUGGACCGCAUGGUGCUGCUGGUCAUGGGCAACAUCAUCAACUGGUCGCUGGCUGCCUACGGACUCAUCAUGCGCCCCAAUGAUUUUGCCUCCUACCUGUUGGCCAUCGGCAUCUGCAACCUGCUUCUCUACUUUGCCUUCUACAUCAUCAUGAAGCUCCGGAGCGGGGAGAGGAUCAAGCUCAUCCCUCUGCUCUGCAUCGUCUGCACCUCCGUGGUCUGGGGCUUCGCGCUCUUCUUCUUCUUCCAGGGACUCAGCACCUGGCAGAAAACGCCGGCCGAGUCGAGGGAGCACAAUCGGGACUGCAUCCUCCUCGACUUCUUUGAUGACCAUGACAUCUGGCACUUCCUCUCCUCCAUCGCCAUGUUCGGGUCGUUCCUGGUGUUGCUGACACUGGACGACGACCUGGACACUGUGCAGCGGGACAAGAUCUACGUCUUCUAGCCGAGCCACCGUGUUUACUCCGGGCCCAGUGCCGUGGCCGUGGGAUCCCACGGCCCCGCCAGGCGUGGCCCCGGACAGUCACAGGCUGGCCUUGAGCCUUGCAGCUGCCCCUGCCGGGGAGGAGGCCUGCUCCCCUGGAACCCCAAAUGUUGGCCAAAUUGCUGCUUUCUUAUCAGUGUUGGCACCUUCCAAGGCCCCUGUCCUUGGCUCUCCGUUUGUCCCUCUGCAGGAAAAGGGGGAGUGCUGCCCGCCCAGCUCCUGCCUCAGAUUCCACCUGUCCUGCCCUUCUCCUCCGCCCGGGGCCCAGCGCCCGGCUCCUCAGUCGGGGUCUGAUUCUCUGGCCUGUGCCAGGCCCCGCGGCUCUUCGGGGUUGUACCUCACUGCCAUCACUGCCCACUAGUCGGCCAGAUAGAAGGGGCGUAGAACUUGGGGGACUGGCCAGCUGGUGCCAGGCUUAUGGUGCUAAGACCUGCCAAGGGCCCUGCGACUCUUGGCAGUGAGGGUCAGCUCAUACGUGAGAACUGCCUUUGACCUGAGGCCUGGAUUCCGAGGCCACUUCCUGUUCCAUCAGCCCCAGACUGAUGCGAGCACCAGGUUCGGAAAGAAAAAGCAACUCACCCUCAUCCUUUUUCUGGCCAGGCCCUCAGCCCUGCCAAGCCCCAGCUGGGGGCAUUAGUGCCAUUGACAUUGUCCGAGAAGUCAGGGGCCAUGGAGGGAGAGUAUGAAGAGCCCAGCCCACCUGCCUCCUGUGCCGUCGCAGGAGCCCAGUGCCUACCGUAGAAGGGGCUCGAGGAGGGGCUGACCUUUCCCCCUGCCCCCGCUCCAGUCUCGCUCUGGGCCCAGGGCUGGCUCGUUUCCGUCCAGUCGUCAGCCAAGUCCUGUGUUGGUCACAUGUGCAUGUGACACCUUGGAGUUUACACUGAAUGAACCCAGCUCUGGGUACCCUGGCUGCUCUGGUCCUGGGCCCCCUUUGCCCUCCCUGGUCCAUUCCAGACGCCAGGGCUGGGGAGUCGGGCCAGGCCCUGCCUUGAGACGGGAAUGUGUUUUAUUCUCACCAAUGUGUUUGUGCAGCCGCCCUGGGCUGGGAGAGGAGGUGGGUUGGGUUUUUUCAGAGCUCCGUUUACUGUCUGUCUCCAGCUGUGGUUGCACUUGUUUUCUAUGAAUGAGUCUGCAUUCGAUUAAAGAAACAACAGAUGCA